CGAAUCAAACCUAAACCCUCGGCCUUUUAACGUCCCUCUAAACCCUACGACCUAGAACAUUCCGUCUCCCAUCUUGUUCCCCAAAUUAAAAACUCAGAAAACCCUAGAAUUCACACUCACACCCACCACCACCACCACCGAGAGAGAGGGAGAAAUGAUGAAGCGUCUGGUCCCAACGUUCAACCGCAUCCUGGUGAAGAGAGUCAUCCAGCCUGCCAAAACCGAGAGCGGCAUCCUCCUCCCAGAGAAAUCCUCCUCUCUGAACUCAGGCAAGGUGAUAGCAGUGGGGCCUGGAUCGAGGGAUAAGGAUGGGAAAUUGAUUCCGGUCUCUGUCAAGGAAGGCGACACCGUUCUUCUUCCCGAGUACGGUGGUACUCAGGUCAAGCUCGGCGACAAUGAGUACCAUCUCUUCCGGGAUGAGGACGUCUUGGGAACCUUGCACGAGGACUGAGUUACUACAACUACGAGCCUUCUUGUUGGCGUUUGUGUUAUGGAUGAAAAGAAAUUCAUAUUUCUCCUUUUUUUAUAUGUUGGGUUUGGACUUUGUUGAUUAUCAUUGAUAUUUACCUUAAUAAAUCUUAAAACUGAUUCCAAUCUUUGUGCUUAUUCCGAUAA